AUGACGUCUACACGCAAAUUUUGCUGCGAUGAUCUGUUUCGUUUUAAUAACGUCAACCUUGACGUGCUUACCGAGACGUACAAUAUGUCGUUCUACCUUCAGUACUUGUCUAAAUGGCCCGACUAUUUUCUGGUACAGGAGGAUCCUAACAAUACUAUUAUGGGUUACAUCAUGGGCAAGGCUGAAGGACAAGAGUUAAAUUGGCACGGACACGUAACGGCAGUGACAGUUGCUCCGGAGUUUCGGCGUCUUGGUCUUGCAAAGAAACUCAUGGACUACUUGGAAAAUGUGUCGGUAGAACUCUACAAUGGCUACUAUGUGGAUCUAUUUGUACGAGUUUCCAACUCGCUUGCCAUCAAGAUGUAUGAAAAGUUUGGGUACUCGGUCUAUAGGCGAGUGUUGGGAUAUUACUCAAGAGAUGAAGACGGGGAGGACGCAUUUGAUAUGAGGAAGGCUCUUCCCCGAGACAUUCAUAAGGUAUCGAUCAUACCUUUGCCGUAUCCGGUCACACCGGACCAGUUGUAG